AUUCAUCCAAUGUGGAUAACAUAUCGCGAUUAUAAGAUCGCGUUUUCAGUUCAAAUCGGAAGGCACUGAACGUAAUGAAACAGCACUAAAACCGCCAUCUGGAGCCGCCGUCAAAAGCCACCAGCUAUUGGCGAUCAUCAAUGGAGGAGCACGACGUCGCCACCGUUGACCCGAAACUGGAAGAAGCCGAAAUUGGUGGUGCCAAUGGAAGUAAUAGUAUUUCCAAAGAUUUCGGAAAAUUGCUUUAUGGGUGCGACCAUUAUAGGAGAAGGUGUAAAUUGCGAGCUCCUUGUUGCAACCAGAUUUUCACUUGCCGCCAUUGUCACAACGAAGCCACGAGUGCUUUGAGCAAUCCAAAUGAACGUCAUGAGCUUGUUAGGCAUGAGGUUAAGCAAGUUAUUUGUGCAGUUUGUGAUGCAGAACAACAGGUUUCUAAUAACUGUUCAAAUUGCGGUGUCAAAUUUGGCGAAUACUUCUGCAACAUUUGCAAAUUCUAUGAUGAUGAUACCUUCAAAAAGCAGUUUCACUGUAUUGACUGCGGGAUUUGUAGAGUUGGUGGUCGUGAAAACUUCUUUCACUGCCAAAAAUGUGGAUCCUGCUAUUCCCUGGUUCUGCGUGAUAAUCACCUAUGUGUAGAGAACUCGAUGAAGGACCACUGCCCCAUCUGUUACGAGUUUCUUUUUGACUCAAUCAAAGACGCAACAAUUAUGAAGUGUGGACACACAAUGCACACAGACUGUUAUGCCGAUAUGCUUGACCAAGAACAGUACCGCUGUCCAAUAUGCUCCAAGUCUGUGCUCAGUAUGUCCAGAACCUGGGAAAGACUAGAUCAGGAGAUUGAGGCUACUGCAAUGCCUGAGGAAUACCACUAUGAAGUUCUUAUACUUUGUAAUGACUGCAACACUAAUGGAAGAGCAUUUUUUCACAUUUUUGGCCACAAGUGCGGGCACUGUAAUUCUUACAACACCCGUGUGAUAAUGAAUGGGGAGAAUCGUCAAUGAGUCAAACAGAACCAUAAUCAUCGAUGAUUCAAACAGAAACAAUCCAAUGUCAAAUGGGUUUUAGUUCUGAAUAGACUUAGAAAUGUUGCUUAUUAUGGCUUAUCCAUUACUUUUUUGAUGAUUUGGUUGAAUGAUUUCUUGAACAGAAAUUGUGGUGUCCAUUUUUGCUUGCAGAUUGUGUAGAUCACUAUUCAGCAUUUUAUUUUUAA